GGGAGGGAGGGAGGGGGCGGGAGGAGGGCGGGGCGGCCAGCCCAGAGCAGCGCCGGGCACGGGCACCAACUCUCUCUCGCUCCACCUGGCGGGAGCACCAGGCCUGUGUGCGCAGGGACUGGUCCCGGGCAACAUGCUUUCUGCCACAGCCUCCGGCCUCCUGGUGUCUCUGCUGCUGCUGCCGAGGGUCCUGCCCGCGGUGGUCCACUCUGUGCCCCUGCAGGACACCUUCUCGGAGGACCUGGGGGGCAGUGGGGAGGCUGAUGGCUCUUCCGCCUCCUCGCCGAGCCUCCCGCCGCCCCAGACCCCAGCCCUCAGCCCCACGGCGGUGGGGCCCCAGCCCACGCCCCCGGCGGGCCCCAAGCCGCCCACCAACUUCCUGGACGGCAUCGUGGACUUCUUCCGCCAGUACGUGAUGCUCAUCGCCGUGGUGGGCUCCCUGGUGUUCCUGGUCAUGUUCAUCGUCUGUGCCGCCCUCAUCACCCGCCAGAAGCACAAGGCCUCGGCCUACUACCCCUCGUCCUUCCCCAAGAAGAAGUACGUGGACCAGCGGGACCGGGCCGGGGGCCCCCAGGCCUUCAGCGAAGUCCCCGACAGGGCUCCCGACGGCCGGUCCGAGGAGGCCCUGGAUUCCUCCCAGCAGCUCCAGGCGGACAUCCUCGCCGCCACCCAGAACCUCAGGUCUCCCACCAGGGCGGCCCCGGGCAGCGGCGACGGAGCCAGGAUGACAGAGGCCAAGUCAGAGGAAGAGGAGGCGGGAGGCCAGGAGGGGCACCCCGAGGCCCAGGGCCAUGGGGCCCCAGCGGAGACCACCCCACAGGCGCCGGAGGAGGUGCUGUGCCCAGUGCCCACAGAGGGGGCUGCUGGGGCCAGCGAGGGCCCCAGGGAGCCAGAAGCAGCUCCCUCAUUAGCCCAGGAAGCUGGGGACCCAGCUGGCCCCCCAGAAAGCCCCUGCGCUUGUGGCAGUGCCACUCCUAGCAUCUAACAGGCCCCCGGAGCUGUGGCCCUGACUGUCGGGCCCCUAGGGGUCCCCUCCUCGGGCACAGAAAGGCCCUUAGUGCUCCAUGAAGCCCCCUCCCUGCCCACCCCCAGCUGCAAAUCCCAGCGUGUCCCGACCCUGCAGUGGGCAGAGACGCUGGUCUCCAGUCCACUCCCGGGGGCUCACCAAUUUCCAGAACGCUUGCCCCUGCGGCCCCAAAGGGCUCCGUCCCCAAGCACAGCUGCUCUGGGGAGGCGGCUGGGGGUGGGGAGGGACGACCCCAUGACAGCCCCGUGCACUAGGAAACAAGCUUCGAGGUCCCUCGUGGCAGCGCCGGCAGCAGCGCUUUUUGCCGAGGUAGCGCAGGAAAGCAGAUGAAGGAGCAGUGCUGGAAGACUGUCUAUGGGAGACCCAGAAGCGCCCGGGGCUGGUGCCGUCCGUGGGGACGCAGAAGCGGGCCUGAUUCUUCUGGAAGCUUCUUCAAGCGGCUCCUGCACCCCUGACGACAGGGCCUUCCAUGAGCAUUUCCCAAACAGGGGCCCCUGGGGUACCCUGCGGAAAAAAAAAGAUUCCGGAGCCCAGCGAGAGGACAGAAACACUGCGUCUGGACGCCCCGCCCCCGCCCCGGAGCGCCCCGGGCUCUCGCAAGUCCUGCAGCCAAGGGCCCGUGGAAUCUGGUUUCACUUAGCCUUUCCCAAACUGCUUUUGACCGUGCGGUACUUUUUUUUUUAUCAGCUACAGUGUAAAACGCUGCAGAGCACACUUUGGAAAUUAUUGCUCUCCCAAAGGUGCCCCCAGGGUCUGCUGGGUCUGGGGGGCGGGCUGCGAGGGCCUGGGCCCCUCAAGUGCGGCCUCUCAUCCUGCCUCGGCCCAGGGGACGGGGUGAAUGAAUCGCACCUUUUGAUCGGACUCCCCAAGCAGCCUGGGAGCCCCGGGGCGAGCACGGGGACAGCGUACUCUUGGGGACCCUGAGGGGGGGCAGGGUUUCCGACGCCCGGCCUGGAGCAGCGGGGUGCUGGCCCCCCCGCCCCUGCUUGCACAUCGUUGUCCGGCAGCCUGUGUCCACAGCGCCCUUUAGUCCUCGACCAGGGAGCCUGAGCUCCGUCCUGACCUGGGGAGGCCCUGGGGGGUCCGCUUCCCCAUCCCUCCAUCCGGGGCUGCGCCGCCUCCGCGCAGCUCCCCGGGUGCUGAGCUGUAAGGAACCGGCACAAUAAACCCUUAUCCUGUC